AUGACUGACUUUACUAAUGGAGAGGUGGCAAUUAUCACUGGAGCUAGCUCAGGUUUUGGGGCUCAAGCAGCCGUUAAGUUUUGCGAACUGGGAGUUGACAAAUUGUGUUUGACCGGCCGAGACUUGGAAGCCCUAAGAGAGACGCAAAGGUUGUGUAUUGAGAGGUCAAACGAGAAAUUGAAGGAAGAGGAUCUACUUAUUGUAACUGGUGACAUUACGGACGAGUUAGUCUUGAAAAGCAUAGUGGACAAAACGCUGGAAACAUUUGGCCGAAUCGAUAUCUUGAUUAACAACGCGGGAAUCUUCAAAUCGGGUGGUUUCGAGUGGGCACCGGUAGCGAUUUUUGAUGAAAUUAUGGACACUAACGUGCGCUCUAUGGUUGUUCUAACUCAGUUGUGCAUCUCGCAUUUGAAAAAGACGAAAGGAAGCAUUGUUAAUGUCUCUUCGGUAAACGGAUUUCGCCCGUUUGUAAAUGACGGGUAUUAUUGUAUGAGCAAAGCAGCGGUGGAUAUGUUCACUAAAUGUCUGGCACUAGAACUAGCUCCGGAUGGUGUGCGAGUAAAUGCAGUGAAUCCGGGCGUCAUUCUCACUAACAUCCACACAAGAGGAGGCAUGGAUGAUAGUCAGUAUAGAGAGUUCCUGGAUCGAUCGAAACAGACACACCCACUUGGAAGAGUGGGCGAAACAGAAGAAGUGGCUAAUGUGAUCGCAUUCCUAGUCAGUAGGCGAGCCAGCUUCAUCACCGGAAGUUUGACUCCUAUUGACGGCGGAAGGAAUUGCGUGUGUCCUAGAUGA